UGUUACGGUAAAUAAAAAGGAGUUCUCAGACGUCUCAAAAAUGAAGGAGUUGGGCUCAUGAGGAAAUGGAAUUCCUCUAGGACGCUGCAAGUUGCAACAAAUUGGCAAACAUCCAGUACAGGGGAUUAUAUAAAGACCAGGGCGCAAUUUCGGAGAGGGGUAGAACCGGUGGAACUUGUCGCUUGGUUGUUGGGUUUUAGUGAAUCUCCGCUGCCCUUAAACCUGAAUAACACUUUGAAUAAGUGAAGAUGGAGAAUGAACGUGUUAUAGACCAUUCACAAAGAAAACACAGAACACGAUUCGUCCUGAUUUUAGUCGCUGUGCUCAUAUUUGUGGUGGUUGUUCUCGCUAUUGUUUUAGGAGUGACUGCAAGUGCGAAACACUCCAGUUUCAAGAAUGUCGUCAUUAAAAAAUGUCAAACAUACCUAAAAGAAAACAGCAACAUGGCAAGGGAGAAUGACUGUGAGAUAAUCUGGAAGGCUUUUGAGCAGGCCUACGUUGGAAGAGAUCCAUGUCAUGUUCCUCCUGAGGCAUAUGAUCCUCUGAUAAAUUCAGUCAAGCAGCAUGUUGUCUGUAAUACUAUGAUGUUCUGGAGCAAAACAAAAGACACGGUAAAAGCAUUUGCUGACAACAGAGAUUGCUUGGUCAUUUUGGAGGGAACAUUGCUUGGAUUUGUGUUUGAUGAACUGACUUGGUGCAGCAAAAAUGAAAGCAAAGAAACCUUCAUUACAGAUUGUCCCAGUUGGUCAUAUUGUGAAAACAACCCAGUGCGAUCUUUCUGGAUGAGGGCUUCUAUUAACUUUGCUGCCACUUCUUGUGGGAAUGUGUCUGCAAUGUUAAAUGGAUCUCUAGAAGCCCCCUUCAGCUCCACAAGUGUAUUUGGUGUAGAAGUGAAGAAUUUGGAUCCCAGUAAAGUGAACAGUUUGACUGUAUUACUUGUCACCAAGGAAACAGACUUGACUACAUGUGAUAAUCCCUCAUUCCAUGCUCUACAAAACAUUUUGGACACAAAGAUUGCUUACAAGUGCAGAAAGGUUCCUUAUUCCAAAGUUGAAGGAUGCAUUUCUGAUCCAGAGAUUCCAUGCAGUGACUGCCUAUGAGAAUACCAUCUGUAUACGCUCAAAACCUGCAUCUGAAUGCAUCUGAAAUUUGUUGUUUUAUAUGAAUUGCAAAUAAAUCUAGUUUCUCUACUAUACUGAUUCAUGCAAAUUGCUGUAACUA